AUGACGAUCAGCGAGCAUCAAGGCGACAUCAGACUCUCGUCUGAGCGUCAUAAUGCCAGCGUGACCGUCAACACCUUUGGAGCUAGUUUACACUCCUGGAAGACCUCUGUCGACGCCAAUGACGGCACCGAGCAUCUCUUCGUGAGCUCAAAGAGCAAGCCAGGGGGUCCCAAACCGAUCCGCGGAGGCGUACCCGUCGUCUGGCCCUGCUUUGGACCGCCAGACCCCGCAGAGGAGCAAUUCAGUCGGUUGAAGCAGCAUGGUUUCGCUCGCAACUCGGUCUGGAAGCAUCUCGCUAGCGUCAGCGAGGGCUCUUCUGACGAGCUCGCAUUCGAACUGACUUCGACAGACGAGAUUCGAGCAAUCUACGCGCUGCCCUUCAGGCUCGUCUACGUCGUCAGGAUCAUCUCGCCCGCAUCCAUCUCGACAUCUCUGACCGUACAACACCUAGAAAGCGGCAGCGAAGAUAUGAAUUUCCAGGCUCUGCUGCACAGCUACUGGUCAGUGGACAAUAUCCAAGAGACCAGCAUCAAUGGCUUGCACAAUCUAGACUAUAGCGACAAGACCAGAGACCAAGCACAUUUCACCGAAGCGCGCGAGGUUGUCGCCGCGGAAGGCGAAACAGAUAGAGUGUACUUUGAUGCUCCGUCGAGCAGCGUCGAGCUGCGCACGGGCAAAGGCAAGCUCGCCUUUACGUUUGACAAGCUACAAGAUGUCGUUGUUUGGAAUCCGGCAGCAAAAGUGAGCGAUGGCAUGGCAGAUAUGGAACCAAAUGGCUGGCAGCGCUUCAUCUGUGUAGAACCGGGGUGCAUUGCCAGCAAAGUCAUGCUGAAGCCCGGCGAAUCCUGGACUGGCUCCCAGACGAUCACUUAUACUGCAACGUAG